GCGCCGCCAUGGACGCGGCGAUUUGGAUCUACCAGUUCCGCCUCAUCGUGCUGGGCGACUCCACGGUGGGCAAGUCCUGCCUCCUGCACCGCUUCACCGAGGGCCGCUUCCCGGGGCCGCUGCACUCCGACCCCACCGUGGGCGUGGACUUCUUCUCGCGCCUCGUCGAGAUCGAGCCCGGCAAGCGCGUCAAGCUGCAGCUCUGGGACACGGCGGGCCAGGAGCGCUUCAGAUCAAUAACACGAUCUUACUAUCGCAAUUCUGUGGGCGGCUUGCUGGUGUUUGACAUCACGAAUCGGAGAUCUUUUGAGCAUGUGAAAGACUGGCUGGAAGAGGCAAAAAUGUAUGUGCAGCCCUUUCAGAUCGUGUUUCUGUUAGUAGGACAUAAAUGCGACUUAGUAUCACAGCGGGAGGUUACCAGAGAGGAGGCUGAAAAACUGUCAUCUGACUGUGGUAUGAAAUACAUUGAAACUUCAGCAAAAGAUGCCACAAACGUGGAAGAGUCCUUUACAAUCCUUACCCGAGACAUCUAUGAACUUGUGAAAAAAGGAGAAAUCACAAUCCAGGAUGGAUGGGAAGGUGUUAAGAGCGGCUUCGUUCCAAACGUGGUGCAUUCAUCAGAGGAAGCUGUAAAGCCCAGAAGACAGUGCACCUGUUAAACUUGCGGCACGCCAAAGAGCACGUCAGGUGUUCCAGAAAUCAUGCCAAUCUAAUUAACAUAAAAAUAAUUCUGAAACAAUAUCAGAUUGUGACCUAGGGGAAGCAGAAUGGCAAUUUUUUUUUAUCCUUCCGUCUAAUUCACAACUUCAUCAAAAUCUAAGCUUUUUUUUUUUUUUUUUUUUUUUUUUAGAGAAUACAAGAACUUUGUGUGGUCUUCAGGAAAGUAAUUAUAUAUUGCUGAAGAAAAUAAUCCUAUAGCAAGAUACUGAGAAAGCGCAAUAAUUAUCAUGACAACAUCCUCCACUGGGCUUUGUAUUUGAGUACAGUUUAAGUAUUUGAGUACAGUUAGGUGAGGAUCAGAUGAGCUCAUUACUUUYGUUCAUCCUGCCUUAGUUUUGGACAAGAAAAUACUUCACCUUCUAGUUUUUUAAUGUGAUUCUUUACUCAAGUGCAGUUUUGCUACUGACCACUAAGGCUUAUAAUGCUUUAGAAUUUCAUAAUACAGAUAACUGAAGAAAGCAAGCAGAAAGGUUGCUCCAAAACACUUUUGAUAUGACUAUGAGUACAAGCCUUACUAAGAAAAAGAAUGUUUUAGAAAAGACGAUUUAUUUGUAUAUGAAAAUGUGGAAUAGAAGCAAUGAAAUUUAUUACUGAAUAUUUUCUGAAUUGCCAAUGAAACUAAGUGUAACAUCACAUAUGGCCCAGCUGUUAUUUGACUGGUAUUCUAAACAGAUUUCCUAAACACUAGAGAUACAUCCUGGAGGCCAUAUCCUCAGCUGGGUAACUGUCAUAGCCACACUGAUGCCUGAGGAAUUAU